UGUAAACACGACGCCACCAGACGCCUCCUCGCUCUCCGCUCUCGCGCUUUCGUGUAACUAUGUUGAUAUGAGCCGGUGAAUUUUGCUUGCUGCAUAAUGUUCAUUACUAGCUUUGUGUAUAAAGUUAUACUGUGUAUUUUACACGUAUGUCUAUACGUCUUAGACGUAUUUCUUAUGGUGAAACACAAGCUGCUUCAUCGGUUGAAGUACUCGAGUGUGCAUGAUGCAAAGUUUGCCGACGCGAAACUUCCGUGCUCCUCGAGUGCUCACACCGGCAUGGACUUACUGCAGAAGGUUCCCAAGCACAUAGCUGUUUUAAUUGGUGAACACGACAUUUCGUAUCGAGAUGCCGCAAAUCUCGUAGUGUGGUGUUUGUUUGCCGGAAUACCGCACGUAACUCUCUACGAUGCCGAAGGGGCAUUAAAAGAGAACGUCACCAGACUCUACAAGGAGAUCACAAGGAGCCAGGUUGAACACUUUGGAUGCAACGGCCGCUGCAAAGUUGUGCUGCAUGUAAAGGGCCAGGAAUUGCCAGAAAAGAAUGGUCAAAGGAAUGGCUACAAGCAGCACAUAAACGUGCACCUUGCGAGCGGUGAUGAUGGCCGCCCACACCUGGCGAGCAUAGCUCGCACAUUUUGCCAAGCUGUGGAGAGAGGAGAGAUGGUGCCCAGUGACAUCACUCCUCAUUUAAUACAGCAAGAGCUGGGAGAUGUUCCUGACCCUGAAUUGUUGCUAAAGUGUGGCUGUGUACACAGCCUGCUGGGUUACCCACCAUGGCAGAUUCGGCUAACAGAGAUUGUCACUUUGCCAACUCAUCACAACCUCCGGCUUUCGGAGUUCUUUGAAGCACUUGCCAAGUACAACAAGAGGGAACAGCGCUUCGGGAAGUAACUGUGAUAUAUUUGGAGCACAACUGUUCUUCACCCAGGACUCCAAGUUGGCUAUCCUCCAUCAUCCAUAACCCAUUGUCCCAGUGAUGAGAUGCUCCAUUCUAAAGGAGGAACACUAAGUCUUCCUAUUAGUGUAUGAAUGUGUUGUUACUUAAGUUUUAUUAAUUUGGAUGUUUCUUUAUUGCUCGAAGGUGUUGCAGGUACUUUUUCCGUUUCAAUCUCUUGCCUUCACAAAGACAUGCCCUUGACGCAAGAUGAGCUUUUCACACAUACAAGUUUGCAUGGGCAUUUAAAUGAAGAUUUUUAAAUGAAGAUUCCAGCAAUGAAUAUCUGGAAUUUUUCACCUUGUGGGUGGACAUAGGCUAGUUAAGUACAACAUGGCCACAUUAUGUAGGUCUGCUGGAAAAUGCUGUAAAUAAAUAUGUUAAUUUGGAUGCUUCCUUCACUGCCCAUGUGCAGUUUCCUUUUUUGUUUAUUGCCCAAAAUGUCUUGCUUUUGACAUAACAUGAGCCUUUCAGACACGUGUUUGCAUGGGCUGGAAAUGAAGGUUUUGACCAGUAAUGGCAAUCCACUUGUUUUUGCCAUGCUUGGGCUAAUAUAGAAUGGCCAUUGUUAGAUGGCUUUACUGAGAAGUGCUGUAAAUAAAUGUUUUCCACAUGUU